AUGAUCACUAAUGAGGGAAAAUUCAAAUACACCUGCACUCGGUGCACAAAACAAUACGACGAGAGAAAGUACUGGACAGCACACUACAAAACCGUGCACAUGCAGUAUAAGAAGAAGAGAACGCAUCCCUGCGUCAUCUGCAAGGAACAGUUGAAACCCGCGCUCAGGUGGAGGCACAUGGAGGAGCGUCACGGGUGGCAAGCUCCGACUUGCCCAGACUGCGGUAAGAAAUUCGCCUAUCCUUGGCAAGUGUCCGCACACCAGAGAGAGGUGCACAAUCGUCUAGAGAACCUCACAUAUAUGUGCGAUGAGUGCGGUGCCAAGUUUCCCAGCAAGGAAAGACUAAAGAGUCAUCAAAUUAAACAUUCAGACGUAAAGAAUUACAAAUGUCACAAAUGCUCAAAGGCAUUUAAAACUAUUACUUACUUGAAACAACAUUUGGUUAGACAUUCUAAAGUGAAAAGGCAUAUCUGCGACAAAUGUGGAACUGCCUUCGUUAACUAUAAGGAUUUAUACGCGCACACCAUUGCGAGGCACGUUACUGAAAAGAAUUUCAAAUGUCAGAUGUGCCCCAAAGCCUUUAAAACUCAAAAACUUUUGAAAGUCCACGAGAAAAUACAUACGGGAGAUAAAAGACACAAGUGUCCCAUGUGUGACAUGGCGUAUGUGCAGUCGAACAAUUUGAAAUAUCACAUUUCAAGGAAUCAUCCGGAUGUUGUUAUUCUAACUGUAAAACAACCAAAAUUAGAACCUUAA